AUGGCCCGGAGAAAGGCCUGCCUGCCCCUCGGUGUCCGCGCCCGCCUCAGCUUCCAGCGCUGCCCAGAGCGCGGGGUGGGAUUGGUGGUGCUGCCCGGGGUCAGAGGAGAGGGGCAGGAACUGCCACCACUUUUCAGGGCCUUUGUGCUGCACGCCAUCACGCCUGGGGACUCACGAGCUUUGACUUCCUUCAAAUCCUUUGUUCAUUACCCCCUGCAAGGUUGCCACAGACCCUAUCCCGUCUCUCAGUGUUACCUUAUUCCUCCACAGCAUCACGGUCAUGCUCACCAGACAUGUGCGCACAAGCACCUUGUUCAAGUGCCGCCUCCCUCUGCGGAAUGUGUGCUCUGUGAGGACAGGGACAUGCGUUUGCUUGUAGUCACGCUGCUCUGUGAGAACAGGCACGUGUGCUUGCUUGUGGUCACACUGCUCUGUGAGGACAGGGACAUGUGUUUGCUUGUAGUCACGCUGCUCUGUGAGAACAGGCACGUGUGCUUGCUUGUGGUCACACUGCUCUGUGAGGACAGGGACAUGCGUUUGCUUGUAGUCACACUGCUUUGUGAGGACAGGGACAUGCGUUUGCUUGUAGUCACACUGCUCUGUGAGGACAGGGACAUGCGUUUACUUGUAGUCACGCUGCUCUGUGAGACCAGGAAUUUGUGUUUGCUUGUGGUCACACUGCUCUGUGAGACCAGGAAUGUGUGUUUGCUUGUGGUCACACUGCUCGGUGAGGACAGGGACUUGUGUUUCCUUGGAAUCACACUGCUCUGUGAGACCAGGAAUGUGUGUUUGCUUGUGGUCACGCUGCUCUGUGAGACCAGGAAUGUGUGUUUGCUUGUGGUCACACUGCUCUGUGAGGACAGGGACUUGUGUUUGCUUGUGGUCACACUGCUGUUUGUCAUCUCUCUAAGGCCUGCUUGUCCUGGGAACCAUCAUUUUUCUAUCCCUUCUCAAAUUCUGUGCUCCUUGUCAGUUUUCACAAAGUCUGAUCAUCUUGCAAAUCAGAAGGUGGCUUUUCCACUGGGCCUGAGCAGAGCGUGCAGCGCAGGGCAAGGAAGCGGGGCGACCAGAGACGUGACGACCAAUGAAGCCCCGAAGUCACAUUAUUCAGACGUUUCCGAAGCGAGCACAGUACUCCCCGGAGAGGGUGUUGUCCCUGCCCACGCCCCCUUGGCCUCUCACGGUCUUCGGACGCUGACCACCACCUGUGGGUCGUGGCCAGCACGUGCACCCUGCCCGCCAGGGCCAGCUCUUGCCUGCGCGGUCCAGCUUCUGUCCGGGGCGUCACCCUCGGUCCUCCUGCAGUGCGGGGUGACCCGACCUCACCUCCCGCACCUGGCAGCGGGCCCGGGGUGGGGUGGGGGUCGCCCUUUGGACGGGGCGGGGAGGGGCGGGGCGGGGCGGGCCGGCGGCGGGAGCGGGUGGCCGGCGCGCGCGGGCUCGGGCGGCGCAGACAUGCGGGCCGCGGUGCUCAUGAGCCAGGCGGUGCAGCCCGCGCACGCCGACGCCCGCGGGGUGCUGAGCGCCGGGCAGCUGCUCAAGUGGGUCGACACCGCCGCCUGCCUGGCGGCUGAGAAACAUGCCGGGGUUUCCUGUGUUACAGCCUCAGUGGAUGACAUUCAGUUUGAAGAGACAGCUACAAUUGGACAAAUUGUCACCAUCACAGCCAAAGUUACCAGAGCGUUCAGCACGAGCAUGGAGAUCAGUAUCAAGGUCAUGGUACAGGACAUGUGCACUGGCAUAGAGAAACUUGUUAGUGUGGCAUUCUCCACAUUUGUAGUUAAACCAGUCGGAAGAGAAAAGGUUCACUUAAAACCAGUCACACUUCUUACUGAGCAAGAUCAUGUAGAAUAUAACCUGGCUUCUGAGAGAAGAAAAAUUCGAUUGCAGCAUGAAAACACCUUCAAAAACUUAAUGAAGGAGAGUAGCAAGUUUGAUGAUCCCACCUGUGACGCGGAGGGAGCUGUCCCCACCAGGGGCUCCUCUGUCCAGAGCAUUGAACUUGUCCUCCCACCCCAUGCGAACCAUCAUGGGAACACGUUUGGUGGCCAGAUCAUGGCGUGGAUGGAGACAGUGGCGACGAUUUCUGCAAGCCGCCUGUGUCACAGCCACCCCUUUCUGAAGUCUGUGGAUAUGUUCAAGUUCCGGGGACCAUCCACAGUUGGGGACCGUCUUGUCUUCAAUGCCAUUGUCAACAAUACAUUCCAGACCUGCGUGGAGGUCGGCGUGCGAGUGGAAGCUUUCAACUGUCGAGAAUGGGCUGAGGGCCAAGGUCGUCACAUCAACAGUGCUUUUCUCAUUUACCAAGCCGUCGAUGACCAGGAAGAACUUGUCACUUUCCCUAGAGUCAAACCCAUCUCCAAGGAUGAUUUCAGACGCUAUCAGGGAGCAAUUGCACGCAAGCGAAUUCGCCUAGGCAGAAAAUACAUUAUUUCCUACAAGAAAGCAGGUCCAGUCAGCCUACAAUGGAACAUAAGCAAAAAGGAAUCCAUAAUUAAUAACAAUGUGGAGGCUUUCAAAAGGCUGGCAGCCAAGAGUGGCUGGGAGGUUACCAGUACCAUGGAAAAGAUAAAAAUAUAUGCUUUGGAAGAACAAGACGUUUUGUCCAUUUGGGUCAAAAAACAGGUGAAUAGUCCAGCACAUGUGGCUUAUCAUCUCUUGUCUGACUUCACAAAGAGACCUUUGUGGGACCCCCACUACAUAUCCUGUGAACUCAUAGACCAGGUGAGCGAGGAUGACCACAUAUACUACACCACCUGCCCGGUGAUGGAUAGUGACAAACCCAGAGACUUCGUAGUACUUGUAUCGCGAAGAAAGCCUCUCAAAGACGAAAACACCUACACGGUGGCGUUUUCGUCCGUUGUCCUGCCGUCCGUCCCGCCGUCCCGACAGUACGUCAGAAGUGAGAUCGUAUGCGCCGGGUUUCUCAUCCAGGCUGUCAGCAGCGCUUCAUGCACGGUAUCCUACCUGAACCAGAUGUCACAUAGCGUCCUUCCUUACUUUGCUGGAAAUCUUGGUGGCUGGUCCAGGUCGAUCGAAGAAACAGCUGCCUCAUGUAUACAAUUCUUAGAGAAUGCUGCCCACGACGGGCUAAAGAGUGCAUUAUGAUCCACAGUGGCCCACAAUUUUGUUUUGGUUUUCCGAGGUAGGGUCUUGCUCUAGCCCAGGCUGACCUGGAAUUCACUAUGUAGCCUCAGCGUGGCCUCGAACUCACGGUGAUCCUCGUCCCUCUGCCUCCCGAGUGCUGGGAUCAAAGGCCUGUGCCACCACGCCCAGCCAACUGCCCCGCGACUGGAGUUCUCACGUUUAAUUCCAGGCAUCAUUAACCCCGACACUCUGCAAGGGUUGAGGCCACCCAGUGCUUUCGCGUCAGCCUACGCACAAUGAAGUUAUGAAAAUGCUAAAAACCAAAAGACAUCUUGUCUAG